AUGACGGCGCCACUGAUGACCGUCUCCGAGACAAAGGACCUCCGGGGCCUCAACCUCAUAGCCGCACACUCGCACAUUCGCGGCCUCGGCGUCGAUGCCACGAGCCUCGAGCCUCGCGCCUCCUCCCAGGGUCUCGUUGGACAGGAGAAGGCGCGCAAAGCUGCAGCCGUGAUCCUGCAGAUGAUCAAGGAUGGCAAGAUCGCCGGCCGCGCCGUCCUGAUCGCCGGCCCCCCGAGCACGGGAAAAACGGCUAUUGCGAUGGGCAUGGCGCAAUCGCUCGGCGCCGACGUCCCCUUUACCUCCCUCGCCUCGUCCGAGAUCUUCUCCCUCGAAAUGUCCAAGACUGAGGCCCUCACACAAGCCUUCCGCAAGUCCAUCGGCGUCCGCAUAAAGGAGGAGAGUGAGAUCAUGGAGGGCGAGGUCGUCGAGAUCCAGAUUGACCGCAGCGUCACCGGCAGCGCCAAGCAGGGCAAGCUGACCAUCAAGACGACCGACAUGGAAGCCAUCUACGACAUGGGCAGCAAAAUGAUCGACGCCAUGACCAAGGAGCGCGUCAUGGCCGGCGACAUCAUCAGCAUCGACAAGUCGUCGGGCAAGAUCACCAAGCUCGGCCGCUCCUACGCCCGCUCGCGCGACUACGACGCCAUGGGCGUCGACACAAAGUUCCUCCAGUGCCCCGACGGCGAGCUCCAGAAGCGCAAGGAGGUCGUCCACACCGUCACCCUCCACGAGAUCGACGUCAUCAACUCGAGAACGCAAGGCUUCCUCGCCCUCUUCUCCGGCGACACCGGCGAGAUCCGCAGCGAGAUCCGGGACCAGAUCAACACCAAGGUGGCCGAGUGGAAGGAGGAAGGCAAGGCCGAGAUUGUCCCAGGCGUCCUGUUCGUCGACGAGGUUCACAUCCUCGAUAUGGAGUGCUUCUCCUACAUCAACCGCGCGCUCGAGGACGAGCUCGCGCCCGUCGUCAUCAUGGCCAGCAACAGGGGCAACUCGCGCAUCCGCGGCACCAACUACCGUAGCCCGCACGGCUUGCCGCUCGACUUCCUCGACCGCGUCGUCAUCAUCAACACGCAUCCCUACGUCUCGGACGAGAUUAAGCAGAUCCUCACCAUCCGCGCCCAGGAGGAGGAGAUUGACGUCUCGCCCGACGCCCUCGCCCUGCUCACAAAGAUUGGCCAGGAGGCCGGCCUCCGGUACGCGAGCAACCUCAUCAGCACGUCGCAGCUCGUGUCGGCGAAGCGGAAAGCCAAGCAGGUGUCGGUCGACGACGUCCAACGCAGCUUCCAGCUCUUCUACGACCCGGCCCGCAGCAUCAAGUUCGUGUCCGAGUCGGAGAAACGACUGAUUGGCGACGACGGCGCCGUCGACCUGGCCGUCACCAACGGUGGAGGCGAAAAGAUGGAUCUGAGCUGA